AUGGCUGCCAAUGUACGGACAUACACGGCUAUCCUUGCUGGCAUCUGCUACUUCGUCACGAUUCCCUUUCUCAUCCUCGUCCUCAUUGGCAACACCUACAAGAACGACAUCCUCGACGACAUCUACUUCUUCAAGCUCGACGUCUCCCACAUCAUCCCCAUUUCCGUCGAAAACUCAAACCUGCUCAAUUCCGUGGCCCGGAGCCUCGGUCUCCAUGACUUUUACCAGGUCGGCGUGUGGAGUUACUGCGAGGGCUACAACGAUGAAGGCGUAACCUUCUGCUCCCCGCCCAAAUCCUUCUUCUGGUUCGAUCCCGUCUCGGUCCUCGUGGGCGAACUCCUCGCCGGCGCCCGAAUCGCUCUGCCGUCCGAAGUCACCACCAUCCUCACCCUCCUCCGCAUCGGAUCCCAGGUCAUGUACGCCUUCUUCAUGUCCGGCAUCGUCCUCAACUUCGUCCUUCUCCUCCUCACGCCAUUGGUCCUCAAGUCCCGCUGGUUCAGCCUCUGCACCUCCCUCAUUGGUGCCGUGGCCGGCAUUGUCCUCACCGUGGCGGCCGUCAUAGCCACCGUCAUUAGCGUGGCCGCCAAGAUUGCUCUGACGGCCCAGGACCAGCUGAACAUCCAGUGUGAUAUCGGCGGCAAGAUGUUUGCCUUCAUGUGGAUAGCGGCGUUGCUGGCGGAUUUCGCCUUCUUGCUGCACGCGGCCAUGGGAUGCUGCUGCGCGCCGAACAAGAACAAGGGGUUCAACUCAGGACCGGCCUCGCCAACCGGGUCGGGCAUGAAGGAAGAGAGCGGCGCCAGGUAUUCACUACCCAACUUUGUCCGUCGCAGAAGUCGCAUGUCAUGA